CCAAUGGCUACUUGUAACAAGCGUAGGUAGGUUGCACUGUCAUCAGUGGUAUUGACAUUCAUUAUUUAAAAAAAUAUUAGUGUUUUUGUUAAUUUUAGAUGCAUGCAUUCAUCUUCAUGUAUCGGCCCGGUUUUAUUCCCUCUAUCAAUACCAGGACACCGCAGAGAAACCCUGGUGCAGAGCCGGGGUGGGAACCUUGUAUCAGGGCCUUUGCUGUUGGGGGAGAACACAUACCGUCACACCUCAAGUUAUACAAGUAGUGGUGCUGCAUUUAGGUCUAGUCUCCCACUUAAUAUAAUGUCAAACGAAGAGAAAUGUUUGGUCCCAGAGAAUGCAUGGCAUCUUCACCUUUAUUGUAUUUUGUGUAGACGGUUCCCAUCCAUGGUUUAUAAUAAAAAGUCACGUCUCGGUCACUGAGAAAAUAAUUUAAAAUCAACUAUGUACCACUUUGUUUUGUCAGUUAAAAUAACAUUCCUACACACUCAAUAGUACCUGAAGGCAGCAUCACCGCUGAAGCUACACCCAGACGAUUCAGUCGCAUCAGUAGCAACGUUAACGAAACGCAUGACGGGAGGCUGAGAGCUGAUGAUACUUAACCUUAACUGAGCGGCAACCCAUUUCAAGAAAAUGAUUCCACAGCUGACCAACUCCUCCGUGUGUAUGCGGGACCCUCAGAGGGUGCAGGAGAUCCUAGAGUCCAUGGUGAAGGCUGGCUCCAACACCGUGCAGGUGAUCUCAGAUUUUGACAUGACUCUGACCAGAUUUGCAUACAAUGGCAAAAGGUGCCCUACCUGUCACAAUAUUCUUGACAACAGCAAACUCAUCUCCAAUGACUGCAAAGAAGAGCUGAAGGAGCUGCUCAACACAUACUACCCUAUAGAGAUAGACUCUUCACGGUCAAUAGCAGAUAAACUACCUCUCAUGGUGGAGUGGUGGACUAAAGCUCAUGAACUACUGGUACAGCAGGAGAUCAAGAAAGACCUGCUGGCCAUUGCGGUGCGGGAGUCCAAUGCCAUGCUGAGAGACGGCUACCAGCUCCUUUUCGACCACCUGUAUGAGCACAGCAUCCCUCUGCUCAUCUUCUCUGCUGGAAUAGGAGACAUCCUGGAAGAGGUCAUCCGCCAGAUGGGAGUCUACCACCCCAACGUCAAAGUCUUCUCCAACUACAUGGACUUCGACGAGUCUGGAGUGUUGAGGGCUUUCAAGGGAGAGCUGAUCCACAUCUACAACAAAAGGGAAGGUGCGCUGCUCAACACCGGCCACUUCCAGGAGCUGCGUACGCGGCCUAAUGUGCUGCUGCUGGGAGACUCUCUGGGAGACCUGACCAUGGCCGACGGGGUGCAGGACAUGGAAAACAUCCUCAAGAUCGGGUUCCUCAAUGACAAGGUGGACGAGAGGAAACAGUCUUACUUGGACUCGUACGACAUUGUGUUGGUAAAAGACGAGACCUUGGAAGUCCCCAAUGCGAUAAUGCUCUACCUUACUGGCAAUAAGUGAACACAUCACUGGCCCUUUUGUAUUUCACACUCCGGCCCCAUCAGUUCAGGAGGGCCCCUGCUCACAGAGGGCCAGUUUGAAGGCUUAUUUACUGGCAGCCAAGAAUGUUUCAUGAUCAUUUUAUUUUACGAAGUUAUUCACGAGUCCAGUCAGCCGCAUCCCUCUUUUAUGUCUUUGUCAAUCGGCCCUCCUCAUGUUCAUAGUAACACUGUAUUUGCACCACACUGGACGUGAUGGAAGCCAGAUUUACACCGUCUACCUACUCUGCAGCAUGUGAAGAGUGUGUGUGCGAGUGUGUGUGGGUGUGGGUGUGUGGAAGAGAUUAGAUUGCUUUGGUCUUCAUAUAGGAUGUAAUGAUAAAGGGAAAGAAAAGGGCAGCACUUGAUAUCUGGUUUGAAACUGGUCUCCAGCCUUUCACAAUAAAGCUCAUUUCCAGCCAUUUUUACUCUGAAACCUGCCGUUUUUAAAAAAGGUUUAAUGAUUUUCUUACAGUGUCAAGUCUUCUAUUUCUGGUCAUAUUGUCAAGCAUUCAGCACAGGUUCUAGUUUUUAUGAAAACAAGUGUUUUUCUUGUGUAACACCACACUAUGACACUACUAUGACAUCAGCACCCGACUUCAAGAGUGAAAUAAAAAGCUAUUUUUUAAAGUACGGUGAGAGGUCAAGUUAUUUGUAAGAACUAACUGUUACCUCAAAUUUUGUAGUAUUACAAAGAAAAACAUUGAUUCAAAAGUCUGCUACUUUACACAUUGUAACAAACUAAAGUGUCAUAAAAUGACUUAUUUAUUUCUUUAAUUUUCGGACUAUGUGCCAUUUUUUUGUCCGAACUCAUUUCCUUUUCAUAUGUUCCAACUUGUCUCAAAUAAAAAAGUGGUUCCACCCAUUAAUGAUCAUGUUUUAUUAUGCCUUAGCGCUGGUGACAGCUGUGGCCAGAGGCAUUAUGUUUUCGGGUUGUAUGAAACAUCCACUUAGACUCGAGGAUGAUUUAAAUUAGGUGGUCACUGUGACCGUGAGAACAAAAUGAUGACAUGAACGUAAACGCAUACAACCAUGAGGCGGCAAUUCUACUUAAAGUUUGAAUGAAUGAAAAAUGUUAAAACUGAGGCUAAUGAAUUGAAGUCUACCAAACUAAUUCACUGGUACAUUGAUAGUGUGGAAGAAAUAAAGCAGGUGUUGUCAUCAUUUUUCUAUAAAAGUUUAUUUUAUGUUUUACAACACUUAUUAUAUAAUUGUACAAACUUACCACUCAUACACUGUACAACCCAUGUUUUUUCUCAACAUUUUUAUAUGAGGCACUGCAUCGACUACUCAUUUUAUAAAGUCAUAUUUUGGAAGAAGGGCCCAGCCCAAAUGCGUGCGUGGGUAGUUCAAUGUGAAUCUUUCUGUCUUUUUUUCAACAUGACGCAAUUUCACUACAGACCAUCGUUCUUCCUUUCACAUUUUUCAAACACUCGUUUCCUUUGCACAACAUAUUUUAACAGAAUCUAGCAAAGCAGACUGCUCGACUGCCUUUAAAUAAAAGGCUCAACAGUGUUUCAAUCCCAGUAAAGACUGGGAUUGAAACACUGCACGCCGGCUCCUUACCACCAAUUAAAUAUCGCUCGCGUCCCCUUUACAGCUCGUCUCGUCUCGCUUGCUCAGGCUCGUCAUCCAGUUCAC